GAAGCAUCACUUGUGAAUUUUUUUUGUUUUUGUUGGGCUUGCUAUUUGGGGAAUGAAAUCCCGCAGAUUAUUUUGCAUAUAUUUUUUUCUUAAAGGACGACAAAAUUUAAAUAUUAAAUGAUCGCAUUUGUGCAAAUCUGCCAAAAUUUAUUCCUUGCUCAUCAUCACAAAUCACAAAUCACAAAUCACAAAUUAGAAUAUUUCUUUAUUCCUCUGACAUCUCUUCAUCUUCAAGCCCCAAAUUUGUGGUAGAAACCCUAGUAAACUCUGGGAUUUAGUGCAGAUUAUGAGAUUGAAGUCAUUCAAAGUGUUCCCUCUUUGUCUGUAGCUGCUACAAUUUGAAGUACGAAGACACCGAAGUAGGAAUGGCUGAUGUGCAAGAGAGAUGGUGUGUCGUGACUGGAGGAAGAGGAUUCGCUGCUCGGCAUUUGGUGGAAAUGCUGAUCCGAUACGAAAUGUUUCAUGUUAGAAUUGCAGAUUUAGGUCCAGCCAUUAAGCUGGAGCCUGAUGAGGAGGAAGGCACUGUUGGAAAAGCUAUGCGAUCAGGCCGUGCUAAGUAUGUAUCCAUGGAUCUUCGUGACAAGUCUCAAGUACUCAAAGCGUGUGAAGGAGCCGAGGUUGUCUUCCACAUGGCUGCUCCAGAUUCAUCCGUCAACAACCACCAGCUUCAUCAUUCUGUUAAUGUGCUAGGAACCAAGAAUAUCAUUGAUGCUUGUGUUGAGCUAAAAGUGAAGAGACUUAUUUAUACCAGCUCCCCCAGUGUGGUGUUUGAUGGAGUUCAUGGUAUUAUCAAUGGAGAUGAAUCAUUACCAUAUCCUUCUAAGCAUAAUGAUUCCUAUUCUGCAACUAAAGCUGAAGGAGAGGCACUAGUUAUCAAGUCAAAUGAUACUAAAGGGCUCCUGACCUGCUGCAUUAGACCUAGCAGUAUUUUUGGCCCUGGCGACAGGUUGUUGGUUCCAUCACUAGUUGCAGCUGCAAGGGCUGGGAAAUCUAAGUUCAUUAUUGGUGAUGGCAACAACAUGUAUGAUUUCACAUACGUAGAAAAUGUCGCACAUGCUCAUGUAUGUGCCGAACGAGCUCUUGCAUCAGGGGGUGCAGUUGCAGAUAAAGCGUCUGGCCAGGCGUAUUUUGUCACAAAUAUGGAGCCAAUGAAGUUUUGGGAGUUUGUUGCACUUAUUCUUGAAGGUUUUGGCUACGAAAGGCCAAGAAUUAAAAUUCCUGCUUCUGUUAUGAUGCCAAUUGCACAUUUGGUGGAGUUUACUUAUAAGCUGUUGGCGGCAUAUGGAAUGAAGGUUCCACAGUUGACCCCAUCAAGAAUCAGACUCCUAUCUCGUAGCAGAACAUUUAGUUGUUCGAAAGCAAAUGAUCGCCUUGGCUACACACCAAUUGUCCCACUUCAGGAUGGCCUAAGGAGGACAAUUGAAUCAUAUCCGCAUUUGAGAGCUGAACAGCGGCCAAAAAAGGAAGGCCCUUCUAAAGCUUCCCUGUUUCUCGGAAGUGGGAGAGGUAGUGUGAGUGUGGCCUUGAUGAUUGCAGUGUUGGCAAUAUUCAGGCACCCCUUCAUAUUGAAUUGGUUGCCAUCUACCCUUGCCAUUCACAUCUUUUUGAAAGCCCAUCCAUACAUGUUGGGGUCUUUGUUUGUUGCUGACACACUUCUUUGGAGGAAUAAGAAACAGACACUAACAGCAGCAUUAGUUCUAGCUGCAAUUUAUUUCAAUUUCAUAGCUUCUGGCUUCACCAUGAUAACCUCUGUAUCAACGAUUCUGUUGGUGGCAUCGAUUUUCUUGUUCAUCCAUGGGAGACUGCCUCAGAGAAUAAUGGGUUAUAAAAUUGAUAAAGUCCCUGUAUCAUGCUUCCAUGUAUCGGAAGAGACAUCGCACCAAUUUGCUCUGUCAGUAGUCUCAGGGUGGAAUUCUGCAGUGAAGGGUUUAAAAUCUCUUUGUAAAGGGGCUGAUUGCAUGUUCUUCCUUAAGGUUGCUCUCUCUCUAUUGAUUCUAAGUAUCCUUGGAACCAUUUCUCUGCGGAGUUUGUUUGCCAUAGGAAUCCCAGGUGCCUUUACUUUGUUUUUCAUAUAUGAGAAAAAAGAGGAAGAAAUAGAUCAUCUACUUCAAGAGAUUGUCUCAUUUACAUGGAAAUUGAAGUCUGAUAUUUCUGGGAGAAUUUUCAGCUCUGCAAAAGACUGAUAAUAGGCAGCAAAUGACCUGAUCGAGCUUCUUCCAUAUCUUGAGAAGCUUUCUUAAGAAGAGGUUCUUGAAGUUCAAGGACUUCACACUUAUCCUUGUGUGUAACAUAUUCAUGGUUGGGAACCUUGCCGAAAGCCAGUUUUCCUGUCUGAUCUGAUAUCAGGCUGUCGUGUGUCAAGGCAUUGUCUUUUGUUUGCUCUUCUCAUUUCCCUCCUCUUUCCUUCUUUUGUCAAUAUUGCUAGUAUGUUUGGCUCUCGCUGCGUUGGUGUGAAUGGUUUUGUUCUGGUCCUAUAUUUGUUGGGGCAGAGGUGGAGGUAGAAACAAAUUAUAAUGUCUAUUGUGAUUAGGGGCGUUCAUGGGUCGGUAUGAGUCGGUUAUUGGUCAAAAUCAAAAUCAUACCAAUUUAAUCGGUUUUGAAAUUAUUAAAACCAAACCAAACCAAUUAAAAUAUACAUCUAUCA